AUGGAUUUGAGGCAACGUAAGAAGAAUGUCAUUGAUAUGAAUCCACCAGCUCUGCAAACAUAUAUAACCCAGCUAUGCGAUAAUAUUAAUCAAAAUGAAUCAAUUCUAUUCAAAGUAGCUCAAAAUAAUUUCCAAUUUUACGUAGAAUCAACAUAUAGGAUAGCAGAAGACUCAAAUGAAGCAAGCUACUUCCUUGAUGAGUUAUUUGUUGCAAUUUCGCUUCAACAACAAUCCGCAAUUAAUCACAUUUAUUUAUUAAACUCCCUAAUUGAUGUAUAUCUUGGCGACAAGAUUAGCAAAGCAAACAGAAUGACUCGUGAUUUAAUAAACUUACCACCAAUACCAAACCAAAAGGUCUGGGAUGGUUUAGCAAUUCUCCUAAAUUGGAUGGCUAAGACGCUACGUGCUUCAAUACAACUAAUACUUAAGCCACUUGCCGAUUCUAUGUGGAGGUGGUGCUAUUCCAAAGAAAUUGAUCAUUGCCAAUCAGGUUUAAUGCUUAUGAAAUUAUUUUUAACCAACUUUCCUGGAUUUCUUGAAGAACAUUUCUUCCAAGUUCAAAGUAUUAUACGUUCUAGUAUGGAGAACCCUAAUGAUAUGAUCAGAAGUGCGGCAGAAUCUUCCUUAAUAGCAGCCAUUUCAAAACCUGAAACACGUGAACAUUUCCGCGUUGUUACACUAUGUGCCAGUUUGAAUUUUACGUUAAGCGAAAAGAAAUGGCAGGAUUUCGCCGGAGCAAUUAAAGCUGCGAAUAUAGUUGUAUCGAUAAUCCCAGAAAAUUUAGCUUGCUUUACAUUUGUAAGUUUACCACUAUCAUUUCUGAAUGAACGAGAUAUAGAAUGUCAAGUUGCAACACUCAAAGUUUUAACAUUUGCACUUCAAACAACACCUUCGCUAUUUACGGCAGAGAUUAUCGUCAACAUUCUCAAUGAAUUUAGAACUUUACUCAAAAAGAAAUCGAAUUACCGAAGAGAAAUCUUAUUUACUUUUGGAGACUUCUUAUUACAACGAAAGCCACCAUAUUUUACAAAAGAAAUCACGAUUAUACAGAAAUUACGAGCUUCUCUAAGCGAUCAGAUCGAUUGCGAACAAGCCUGUUACGCAAUAAUCGGAAUUAAUUCGGUAUUAGAUUUAAACGCCUCUGAAUUUAACUCAAUAUACCAGCAACCAUUAACUGAUGUAAUUGUUGAUGGGUUAGUUAAGCUUUCCAAGAACAAUCCCGAUAAAAGAUCAUUUGUUCUAAAUUCCUUCAUAAGUCUGGCCAAUACAUUGAUUCUUUCUCAAGCAUCGCCACAACAGAUAAUUGUUUACUGCAACGGAUUCGUCAAACUCGACAUUCCGCCGCAAUAUUUUACGACCACUUUAAUUUAUCAAUGUUUACUCUUCCUUAGUAAUCCAGAAUUAGCUGUGAGAACAUCUGUUACAUCGUUCAUAUCAAACUACGCUUCAAAGAAGCAAUCAAACGAUGUUUCAAAAUUAUUAUUAAGUGCCGCCUGUACAGAGCCUAAUUUAGACCUUAAAAUGAAACUUGUUACAUCAUCAACCUUGGUUCCACCUUUAGAUGACACUUAUUUCAUUCCUAUCAAAACAUUAUUGCAUGAUGAAUCUGCAAACAUCCGAAAAGCUGCAUUAGACCUAUUGGCAACGCACGUAGAUGACCCAAAGGUUGUGGUUAUCUUCAAAGAUUUCCUUUCCGAACAAGUUUCGAUUUUGAAAAACGAGAUAUCUUUCUCAAAAUCGGCCAUUUACUCGAUUCUCAUGAUUGCAACAUCCCUAGAAAAGGAGAACCCCUCAUUCCUGAACACGUUGUUCUCUCCUUUCUCAACAUUUAUUAUUUUACAUCUUGUAGAGAUAAAAGACAAGCUACCGACCUGCGCGUUAUCAUUAUUAUCACAUGUUAUUGACAUUUCUUCAGCCGAUGUCGACGUAGCUAAACUUACAAAAGUUCAUAUAUCUACUUCUUUGACAAUCCACUCAUCCAAGAAACGCCUUGAUGCUGCAUUAGAGCUUAUUAUGGCAGCCUUGAAGUAUACAGACCUUAAAUUUAGCAUCUACCGCGAGAAUUUUUAUUUGGUCAGAAUGUUAUUUGAUCUUGGCAGUUUAGGUGAGUCGGAUGUUACGAGAUCGAAACUUUUAUCAGUUUUAUCGAUGAUUGGCUCAGUAAGACAAGAUACUUUCGAGUCAGAUUUAGUCCGAAAUGCAAUGACAGCUUAUUCUACUUCAUAUUUCAUUUCCUUGCUCGAAUCAAACAGCCCAGUCGAAUGUUUGAUAUUCGCUUCAGCAGGAGUUUCUCUUUCCUUGUUAUUUAGCAUAUUAAGAGACGAAUCUUUUUCGGCUCUUCACGCUUCCACCAUAGAAGCACUCUUAGCAGUCAUAAAAGUGCAGUCUCAGUUCGGAAAUCGGCUUGAAAACACUCUAAUCAAGCAGAUGAACGAUUUAUUAACUCAUUGCGGCCAAAGUACCUCAAAUAUAUUACUUUCCAACAUCACAACUCUCAUUGCCGUAUUGGGAGAUCGUUUCCGACCCUUAGUUCCUCAUGUCGUAGAUUUUAUUUGCCAAAAAUGGACCAAACUCGACAAAGGCCAGCUUAUUCGUAUCACAGAUUGGCUUGUAAACAGUGCCCAUGAUGCAGCAGAGCCAUUUAUCCCAAGAUUGGCCACAGUUUUCAUAAAUGGAAUUAUGACGUACGACGAUCGCACCGUAGACUCGAUUUUCUCAGUAUUUAUGAGCUUCUCUGAACAAGUUGCUGCCAUAACCCAUAUAAUUUACCCUCCAAUGCUGUUAUGGAUAUCUUAUAACGCUAAAUCUCCAAUAAUUAACGAUGUUUUGACCAGAACCAGGUUCAUCUUUGUCAACAGUGAUACUUCCCAGUUCUGUGGCCAGAUAAUCCAAUGCAUGAUUGACGUAAUCAAGCAAGAUCACAUUUUACAAGACAAAAUUCUUGAUAUUUUAUGUAUUGUCGCAUCCCAUUGCGGCAUGUCAUUUCUUCUUUUCUUGCCCCGUCUCAAUGGUCUCUUCGAUGUCUUCAGCCAUCCAGUUUUGAAAGAAAUAAUUUUGACAUUGAAAAACGGUGGCAAAAUUUCUGAAGUAAAGAAACUCAUGAAUUUUGUUUCUCCUGAUUCGAGGCAACAAGCUGUUCUCAACAGGAAGAAAUCCACUAUCAACAAACCCAGAGAAGCGUCAUUUGUCGCAAUGGCUCCAAAACAAGCGUCAGAUGAAAUUCAAUGGUUAAAUUGGUCGAAUGACUUUUUCUAUGGAAUUGUAAAGAAUUCAAUUUCCAGAGCCAUAUCAGCAUGUUACACAUUAUGUAUGCGACAUGCAGAAGUAUGUCGAACCAUCUAUCCAUUGGCCAUCAGUUUGGUUUACGUGAUUUCUCUUGAAGACAAAUCGAACAAAGGAAACAUUGUUACGAUUUUUCAGUCUGUUUUCUCAGAAAACGAAGCUCCGAGAUCAGUCAUCAGACACUUUUUGGCAGCAAUAGAGAUUUUAGAGAUACUUAAUAUCAAGACACCAAUAAGUACUGAAUCAAUAGCGAUGGCUGCUUCGAAAUCAGGUGUUUUCCAACAAGCGCUCAGAGCAACAGAGAAUUUGUACGAACAAGGAAAUUUCGAUUUGGCUGAGAAACUCAUUAUUUUGAAUCAGUCAUUGAAUCUUCCUUUAGCAGCACAAGGAAUUCUCAAACAGAGUCGACAGAAAGGACUAGUUGUUAAACAGGAUUUGUUGUAUGAAAAACUCGGAAUGUGGGAUGACGCAUUGGAAAUGGCAGAAAAGAAUUUGAUUUCGCAUCCGAAAGACUACAAUUUGUUACUAAGAAAAAUCAAAUGUCUUUCGCAGUUAUCGAGAUACGACGAGAUCAGAUUAUACAACGCUGAUUUGCUCAUGAAAGCAAACGCGGACAUCCAUUUGUUCGAUUACAGUUCUUUCAUGAAAAGUUGUGAAGAAUUGUCGAAGAAGAAAAUUGAAUACGAAAAUGACGAUUAUUUCUGGUAUUUGGCCAUUUAUUACGUCAUCAAAAAAGAAAACUCGAAAUCGAUAAAAAUAAUUGAAGAAUUACGUCAACAGAGGAUUUCGAAUCUUUUCCCUGUAAUCCAUGAAGAUUAUGAACGAGCAAUUACUCCUUUGAGCGAAAUUGAUGCUUUGCAGCAACUGUACGAGAUCAUUGAUGUUUUGAAGUUAAAGGAUCUUUCGAACAGUCCAUUACCAAACGAAAGAAACAAAGCGAAUUCCGAAAUUUCCAAAAUUUUGCAAGUUUGGAAAGAAAGAUUCAAAUUAAUGCACAAAAACCAACAGAGUUUGCAUAGAUAUUUAUAUCUGGCAACAAUAGCAUUUGAGCCAAAGGAUCUACAAGAACAAUGGCUAUUUUUCAUCGAUCUAAGUUUGUCAAACAAAUCUUAUUCUUUGACAAAAUCUGUAAUCAAUUAUUUGAAUCAAAAAGUGACAGAAAAAGAGUCACUUUUUAGAAAUAAAUUAUCGAUUUUUGAGUGCAAGUUAUCACAUUGUUUAGGGGAUACAGAGAGUAUUAGCAGACUUCAGAACAUCAUGAACACGUUAAAUGGCAAUGAUCUUUUAGAAGAAUGCGCAAAUACUUUAGGUAUUUGGUUGUCAAAACCGGAAAAAAUCAGAGAAGUUUUGAAUCAAGUUUACAAAACAUCAAAGAAACCGGAGACAUUCGAAAAGUGGUCGAGAACUAAUUUAUCAUUAUAUAAGACUACGAAAGAAAUGUCUUAUGUUGAAGACGCUUUAAACGGCGCAAUAAGUGGUUUAAUUGCAACAGAAGGAAAAACAAUAAACUUGUCACUUUUGUUGUUAAGUUUAUUAUGUUUAGUACCUGAAGAUGAUGAGAAAACCAUGGGAAUAUUCAGGGAUAGAAUGAAAGAGAUACAACCACAUAAAUGGAUUGACAUUGUUCCACAGAUAAUUGCGAGAUUAACAAGAGAUGAUACUUGUUUCCACAAAACUUUGUUUGAUUUGUUGUUUUACAUUGGCGAAAUCCAUCCAAACGCCAUUGUUUAUCCAAUGAUGGUCCAAUACAAGAGCGAUAAUGAUCUCAGGAGAUCAAUCGCAAAAAGAAUUUUUGAGAAGCUCGAAAUGAAAUACAACAACAUCACAAAUAACAUAACUGACAUUGCGAAUGAGAUGAUGCGUGUUUCUGUUUCAUGGUUCGAACUCGCUUAUCAAUGCAUCGAUGAAUCAUCUCAUGAAUUCUGUCCUGAUGUCAACAAACAAAUGAUGUUGAAAUUCUUAGACCCUCUAAAGGAAAUUCUUUCUAAAAAAUGCGAAACAUGCAUGGAAAGUAAAUUCUUCGCACAAAACUACAGUCAUUUGAAGAUUGCUUUCGGAUUACUCAAAAAAUACGAAGAAAACGAUGAUUUAGGGUCAUUAAAUGAAGUAUGGGAUCAUUUUUCAACUGUUUUCAACAAAUUAAGGAAUGUUUGUAAUGACAUGAAUGAACUUAAAUUACAAGAGAUUUCUCCUGUUUUGUUUAAUCUCCAUAACUCUGAUUUGGCUGUUCCAGGAACAUACGAAUUCUCCAAACCUCUUGUUUAUAUAAGUUCUUUCAAAAAUGUCAUAAAAAUCAUCAAUUCCAAACAAAGACCUCGAAAGAUUUGUAUCACAGGAAGUGAUGGAAACAAGUACAAAUUCCUUUUGAAAGCUCAUGAAGACACAAGACUUGAUGAACGUGUCAUGCAGUUGUUUGAUUUCAUUAAUACUCUUGUUGACAACUCUGUUUUGAGAAUGAAGAAUUUCCUUGGAAUGACAACUUAUAGAGUUGUUCCAAUUACAGGAGAAGUUGGAUUAAUUGGCUGGGUAAACGAUUGUGGAACAUUGCAUGAAGCUGUAAAAGAAUCACGUCGUAAAAGAGGAAUGAAAAUUCAAGCGGAAAUGCAAUCUACAAUUAAUUACGCGCCAAACUAUGAUACCCUUAAAUUGGAUGAUAAACUCAUUGCUUUCAAGAAAGGUCUUCAAGCAACGGAUGGUUUAGAUGUCAGGAGAAUUCUCCUUGCUUCUGCUCCUUCGACAGCAACAUGGUUAACAAGAAGAACUACUUACGCAUCAUCUAUGGCGAUUAUUUCAAUGGCUGGAUACAUUCUAGGACUUGGAGACAGACACUUUUCCAAUAUAAUGAUUGGAAAAACAACUGCGAAAUUGGUUCACAUCGAUUUUGGAGAUUGUUUCGAAGUUGCUAUGCAUAGAGAAAGAUUCCCAGAGAAAGUUCCUUUCAGAUUAACAAGAAUGUUAGUCAAUGCUUUAGAAGUAUCUAAAAUUGAAGGAACAUUUAGAACUUGCUGCGAAGAUUCUCUUGAUUUGAUGCGUCAGAACGGACGUCAAAUAUUGUCAUUGCUUGAAGCAUUCAUUCACGAUCCUCUUCUCCAGAGACAGACGAAUCAUAGUGGUUCAUCAAAUGUUGAUGACGCUGUUUCUGCAGUGAAGAGAAUCUCAGACAAACUGAGUGGAAAUGAUUUCGAAGGAAUGCAAGGAAACCUCAAAGUCAGUGACCAGGUUGAACUGCUCAUUGCUCAAGCAAUGGAUGAAAAGAAUUUGUGCCAGAUGUUCAGUGGUUGGUGUCCAUGGUGGUGA